AACUAAUAACUAAUAAGAAAUAAAAGUAUAUUGUGUAAAAUAGCUAAUUAGUUAUUAACUUACUAGAAAUAACAAAAUAUAUGUAUGUUUUAUGUAUAAGUUUUAAAUAAUAUACAACAAUUUAAGAAUUUUAAAAUGUUUAUUAUAAAUAGGUUGUCAAAAUUAAACAAAAAAAGUUUUAUGUUUAAAAAACUAUCUACAAAACCAACUCAAGAACAUACUCAAGAAUUAGUCAAAGUCGACAAACUAACAAAUGAUGAUAAAGGUAUUGCAAUCAUAAGUCUCAACAGACCAGGGUCAAAAAAUGCAAUUAAUAAGCAUAUGAUUGAUCAGUUACUUAAUACUUUUAGACAAUUUUACAAUGACAAUGAUACAAAAGCAGUCAUUUUUCGAAGUCUUGUAAAUGGAAUAUUUUGUGCAGGAGCAGAUUUAAAAGAACGUUUAAAAUUACCACCUUCUGAAGUUGGAAAGCGUGUAUCAGAAAUACGUAAUUUAGCUAAUGUUAUAGAAAAUGUACCUGUUCCUGUUAUUGCAGCUGUUGAUGGUGCUGCAUUAGGUGGCGGUUUUGAAUUGGCUUUAAGUUGUGAUUUUAUUGUAUGUGCUUCCAAUUCCAUUUUUGGAUUAGUAGAAACUAGACUUGGCAUAAUACCAGGAGCUGGUGGCACUCAACGUUUAGCACGUGCAGUUGGUGGCUCACUAGCCAAAGAAUUGGUUUAUACUGCUAGAUUAUUUAAUGCCCAACAGGCUUUACAAUAUGGUUCUGUAAAUAGAGUAAGUGAACAAAACAAUGAGGGCACAAGUGCUUAUAAGUGCGCUUUACAAAUUGCUAGAGAGAUUUUACCUAAUGGACCAUUAGCAGUAAAAAUGGCUAAAAAAGCGAUCAGUCAUGGACAACAAGUGGACAUAAAUAAUGGGUGUGCCAUUGAAGAAUUUUGUUAUAGUCAGAUAAUUCCAACAAAUGAUAGAAUAGAAGGACUCUUGGCAUUUGUGGAAAAACGAAAACCAAAUUAUACAGGGUCAUAAGCUAAAUCAAAUAUGAUAUUUGUAAUUUUUUAAUGUUGAAAACUGGAAUUUUUGAAAUUAUAUUUAUAUAAUAUAUUUUUUUUGUAUCAUUAUUUAUACUAUUUAUAAUUACUCAUACAUACAAAAAGACUAUUUUAAUAACAUAUCUAAGCAAAUCAAUUAAAUUAAGUCAGAAGUGUUAUUGUAAUUUAAUCGAUUAAAUAAGUCGUACUGCAGAAGUCACUUAAAAGUUGAUCAAAUGUUAUAAACUUAUGUGUUGUAAUAAAAUAAAUGGAAAAAUCAGAAUUUACGUACAGUUCA